UGUUAAUUAGUCUGGGUUGGGAGUUACGUUCCUAUCCUAAAGUCUCUUUAGUUUUUCUUACUCUACCCGCUUGCCAACACAGACCCUUCUCACCUCUCUCUACCAACUUCACCUUUUUCUUUUUUCUUUUUCUUUGAGUACUCCAUGAUUUAAAUCUUGUUUGGUGACCAUGAAAAGAUCAACUUCAAAGGGUACUGUAAUGAAUAAUGGGUUUAAUAGGGAGAUAGGUUGGGAGCUCAGGCCUGGUGGUAUGCUUGUUCAAAAGAGAGACAUUGGGGAUGCAUCUUCUGGGACUAUGAUCAAGAUCAAGGUCUCCCAUGGUUCUUAUCACCAUGAUAUCACUGUCCCUGCCCAAUCCACUUUUGGGGAUUUGAAAAGGGUUCUUGCCCAUGAGACUGGUCUGCAGCCUAAGGAGCAAAGGCUGUUGUUUAGAGGGAAAGAAAAGGAGGAUGAGGAAUGCCUGCACAUGGCAGGUGUAAAAGAUAUGUCUAAAGUAAUGCUGUUGGAGGACCCAGCUAGCAGAGAGAGGAAGCUUGAGGAGAUGAGGAGAAAUCAAUGUGUGCUGAAGGCCUAUGAGGCAGUCGCCAAUGUGAAAGCAGAAGUUGACAAGCUCUCUGAGAAGGUUGUUGCUUUGGAGGCAGCUGUCAGAGGUGGCACCAAGGUCGAAGAUAAGGAAUUUGUGGUCUUGACAGAGUUGCUCAUGAUGCAGUUGCUUAAAUUGGAUUCAACUGAGGCUGAUGGAGAGGCAAAAGUUCAGAGGCGGAUUGAGGUUCGUCGAGUCCAGAGCUUUGUAGACACACUUGACAGUCUAAAGGCAAGAAACUCUAAUCCCUUCAGCAGCAGUAAGGAUGCGGUGUCAGUCGCCACCAGAUGGGAGACGUUUGAGUUGGGAGUGGGGAGCCUGUGCGCCCCAACACCACCGCAAUCUUCUACCAAAAUAACACAGGACUGGGAAGUGUUUGAUUGACCAGAAAAUUCCACCCCACUAUUAAGGGUCUGUAUAAAUCUAUAACCGCGCGCAGUUUGUAUAAUGUUAUGGGAUCGAGCCAGAACUGAAAACUCAUUUAGCUUGUUCACUUUUUUUGAUUGUUGAAAAGCUAUUCUCCAUAGAAAUAGAGGCUGCAGAGGCUUAUGCUUGAAGAACUUUA